UCCCUCAGUCAUUGGUCCAGCUCCAGCGGUCACGUGAGUUUCCCGCUACAAUAGCUUCUAUGUAAGUUCUGUAGCCCUGCGUGCGCCUAUGCGCUAUCCAGCCUUCAUACAGUGCUGACCACGGUGGUGCUGACUACUCUACUGGCCUCCAUGCUACUGGCCCACACCAGUAUAAACAAUGGACGUUCCUCGAAAGGACUCGCAAGUUCUGAUAAAUGUACCGGAAGGCAAUUUAUCAGAGGAGCACAAGCGGAGUGACGUAAUUAUGCCCGGCAGCGUGGCAUCCGCGCUGCUGUGGCAAGCCGGAAAACAAGAGGCCCAAAAGGCGUUUAGCAUCUACGGUAAUAUCGACAUACUACGGCCCUACUUUCACGUUGAGCCCCAAGAAGUUCGAGAUAGGAUUGUGGAGUCUUUUUACCCAAGAUGGCCAAGUAACUAUAAGGCAUUGGUAAUUCCUGCCGAACUGUACGGGCCUCUAAUGCUUGUUCUUACGCUUAUAACUCUUCUCCUUUAUGGAAUGAAAACUUCUGGACACGUUGUGAAAGAAGGUACGCUUAUGGGUACCGCAUUCGGAGUGAGCUUUGGGUACUGGCUCGGUGGAUCGUCGCUAGUAUAUUGUGCCGCUUAUGUUUCCAACACGCAUGUUACGUUUCUCCAGGUUCUUUCUAGUGUGGGUUACGCUUUGUCUGGCCACUGCAUAGUCCUUACCCUGAGCAGUAUCUUCCAUCCCGUUCACUCUCACAUAUUCUUCUACGUCAUUUGCUUUCUCUUUGGAGGGCUCACAUGCGCUAAACUGGUGUCCAUGCUACUGGCAAGGACAUCUGGCUCCUCACACAAGAUAUUAGUUGCCGGAGUUGCUGCCGCGUUGCACCUCCUAAUGUUGCUCUACGCCCAUUUUGCUUACCACAGGACGGUUCAAGCUUUGGAUCUGAUAUGAAGACUAUUUUGUUGUAACUAGAUUAAAGUGCCUGCCGCAGUCAGGUAAACAACAUA